AUGGAAUUGACUUUCGACACAUUGGAUUGUAUUCUACGAGAAUGCAAUCUUCAAACAAUUGACAAGAUUUUGGCAAUGAAUAAAAUGCUGCGAAAUCAAAUACAGAAACAUCGGAGACAUUAUGCGUGAGUUCUUUCGAUAUUUUUUUUUUGUUGAAAUUCGAAUAAUUUUUUGCAGUCGAUUGCCAGUAAAAAUUGUGAAAAUUGAGCCCGAUGUGUCGUGUUCUUGCUAUCGUUGGACAAUUGAACUGCGGCAAGAUGUGAGUUUUCGAAAUGAAACAUGAAGAGAAGCUAUGGGUGUUUUCGCGCCAAAUUUCGAAUUUUUUGACACCGAAUAAGCCUAGGGUUACUGUUAAAAUUUUAGCACCUACCCCUACAGUAACCCACUGAUUUUCAGUACCAAAAAAUGCAAAAUUACUGUAGUUUUUCGCGCCAAAUGUACAGUGGCCUAACAUAUUUUUAUGUCAAAAAUAUCGAUUUUUCCAGUGUUAUAAAUUUGUUAAUGUUCCACCUCACCAAAUUGAUCGAAUCAAUUUAUCACAAUUUGCACCUAGAAUAUUUAUAUUUUCUUGCUUUUCAAGAAAUGAUCCAAUGUGUUAUGAUAAGAUUUUCAACGAAAUUCCAAAAGAAUGGUUUCGAGAAAUUAAACAUGUUGAAAUACAAUCGGAUGAAAAUGAAAAAACAAAAUCAUUUCAAAACGAGAAAUUGGAAUUGUUCGAACCAUUGAGUUCUUUGAGAAUUGAAGGAUUUGUGGCAUUUUCGAAAAUUGGAGAAAUAUUAAAACUUAUGCAAAAUAUUGAGUAUCUUGCGUAAGUUUCCUAUUUCACACAUAUCGUCGUAAUUUUUAAAAUUUAAUUUCAGGAUUUUGCCACAGAAUGAAAAUGAAAUUGAGACAAAUGAAGACGAUAUCAAUUAUAUUAUUGAAGAAGCGAAAAAUCUUAGUUUUUUAGAUUUGAGAAAUAUAAAACACAUUUAUUCGUCAGAAAAACUCAUCGAUUUUUUGAAAGUGAGUUGUGUUUUUUUUUUUCGGAAGAUUUCCGCUUCCGUUUUCUACAAAAAAAAACAAUAUUUCAGAAUGCAAGUUUUGCCGAUUCGACUGUUUUGAAUUUCGAAGAAUGGCCAACAAAUGGCGAAAUGAUUUAUCGAUUUUUGAAAGAAGAAACUGAAAUUCAAGAAAGUUGUUAUCUGCCAAUUUCAAUGUUUCAUGAAGAUGCUCCACCAAUUCUACCACAUCGAUAUUCUUUUAAAUUUCGAAAUACACUAUUUAUGAUCACUUUUUGGAAAGAUCAAAUAAUUAAUGAUCCACGACUUUUGAGAUAA